UUUUAACUCACACCACGAUCCAACUGUUAAUAUUCAUAACGAGACAAAAACGUUCUCUCUUUUUUCUCCCACUUUUAGAGAGAUGAACUCUGUUUCUCCGACUAGAUUUUUCAGUAAAUCGCCGUCUCGUAUGACUCGAGCUUUUGUCCAGCAUCUUAUGGCCCUGUUAGCCAAGAUUGUUGGCUUCCGUCCAGAAUCAACUGGCUUCCUCAGCCGUGAUGUCCGGCUUCUCUCCGACAUGGAUGGUUUCUUUAAUUCUCUUUGGUCGGCUUCCGUCUGGAAUCUAUUGGCUUCCCACGCAGUGAUGUCCAGCUUAUCAACUGACAUGGAUGGUUUCGUUAACAUCCUUUGGUCGGCUUCCGUACUUAUUUGCUUUGAAUAAUUUUAUGGGAUUUCUCAUUGGUGAUUUCAAUUUAGUGAAUUUUCACUAAUCAAUUGUUUUCACUGAUUUAUCCUUUGAGUUUCUG